GUCAAACUGUGAUUGGUCGCCAUCAGCAGUAGCGUUUGAAGAGACUGCCACUGCUGUUCCUGUAUCUGUGUACGGGUAAGGAGAACGGCGAGGCACAAAGAUGGAGGUCCUUCACGCGGUCCACGUCCUGCUCCAGUCCCUGCUGGUUCUGCUGCUGUGGUCCAAAGGUGACGCGAGAGAGUCGGAGCUCAGCCACGUGACCUGCGGCUCGCUGGUCAAGCUGCUCAACACCAGACACAACGUCCGCCUGCACUCCCACGAUGUCAAGUACGGCUCAGGCAGUGGACAGCAGUCUGUAACUGGAGUGGAGAACGCAGACGAUGCCAACAGUUACUGGCAGAUACGUGGGAAGCCCAACCAUCCGUGUCAGCGUGGAGCGUCCAUCAUGUGUGGUCAGGUCAUCCGCAUCACACACAUGAAGACCAGUCGAAACCUGCACACACACCGCUUCAGCUCCCCCCUGUCCAACAACCAGGAGGUCAGCGCCUUCGGAGAGAACGGCGAAGGUGACGACCUGGACACGUGGGCGGUGCAGUGUGACGGCGAUCACUGGGAGCGCGAUGAGGCCGUGCGCUUCAAACACGUGGGCACCGACGUCUUCCUGAGCGUGACCGGAGAGCAGUACGGCCACCCCAUCCGUGGCCAGCGAGAGGUGCACGGCAUGAGCGCUCCAAACCAGCACAACUGGUGGCGCUCCAUGGAAGGCGUCUUCCUCCAGCCCAGCCAGGUGCCGCUGCGCCACGACGAGCUCUGACAUCAUCACCGGGAGACACAAAGAGGGGAAUCCCUGUUAAAGGGGGUUUAGCUCUCUUGGACCAAACCACGUCAUGUCUGUACAUGUGAAGCACUCAGGGGGGUCUGACACCAGAGGGAUUUAGUUAUUUUAUAUAAAGAUUAACAUCAGUGGUACUAUAUGAAGUUAUGUCAUAUGGUCCUUUCAUACGGAGAAAAUAUUUAUUCUGAAAAAAACACUGCAACACAGGGGCCCUGAAAUACCCAAAUCACUGUUGUAAUUCUAGUUUCACUUUUGAAAUAUUGAUCAUUUUUCAAUUGACAUAAAAUGAAUCUGCAACAUUUUCCAACAUCUAGUAAUUGUAAAUGUCAGUCGUCAUAGUGCUCUUCAUUAUCUGUUGCUUUUCUUGGUUUUUAUGAGAUGUCUCUAACGUUUGGACUGUUGGCCUCUGACAUCAGGUGAUGUACAGAACUAUGCACUUAAUCUCUGCUUUCAAAAGUAAUGCCAUGAACAUUUUUUUUUUUUUUUUAUCAAUUAAUGACGUACAAAGUCGGGUCAAUAGAAAGAAUCCAGAAAAGCACUGGUCUUUGCGUCGCUCUGCAGCCUUUCAGAGCCGGUCCAGUGCAGAGCACCGGCUGCCGUCUUCUGAGCGGAGGUGAGUCGCUCGGCUUACAUUUCAGAUGGAUGUUUUUUUUGGACUGAGUCUCUUCUGACCAGACGUCUUUGGCUGUAGUUUGAUGUACCACAGUCCAGCUGGUUUGUGCCAGUUCAACAGUUCCAAUAGGAUUCACCAAAGUCUCCUCAGCAGUUGGUCUGCUUCUCCUAAACACACGUCUGUACUCCAAACAGUCACAUGUCCCUGAAAGUCUUCUGAACUCUGUGUAAUGUCAAACUGUGAAAUAAAAUCUAAUGAGUGAAAGUA